AUGGUCUUAAACGAAAAUAGAGAUAUUUUUGUUGCUGUUGAAAACGCUAUCCGAAUGUGUACCAUAAAUUCCAAGAGUAUGGGCUAUAAGGUUUUGAUAAACACUUACCAGCCAUUCGAUAUAGUAGAACUCACUAUGAACCCCCAAAGAACAUUUUUGUGCUCCAUUGGCAAAAAAAGAGUGGUUGUGCAAAGUGUUCCCCUUCAUAUUGAUAAGUGUCAAAACUUUCAUAUACCCACUGAAAAAUAUGAUUUGAAGGAAAUUUCAGCCCCCAUUGUCAAAGUGUUAUGGCAUAGCUAUAUCGCACAUGGAUUGGGUUUGGUGAUUUUGGAAGCAACAAACGUUAUCAAGUUCUACAAUCUAAGGGUUUCUGAUGCUCCAUUAUUCACCCUAGAUUUAAAGACUAGCGAAUGCUUCAAAAACGAAAUUGCCACUUCCAUAUCUUUCGGUUCUUUGGAGACACUUACUGGUGGGUUGACACUUUAUAUCACUACUGAAAGCUCAAAAAUAUUUGAAAUUUCCCCAUUUGUGUUUGCUAAUAGUUCUAUUUCUACUACAGAACGAGAAGUCGAACUUGCAUUAGCCGAAUCAAUUGAUACUUUGAAUUUCAUCACCGCCAACUGCGAUGAUGAUGAUUAUAUAACCAGGCAAGCUAGGCUCCAAUUUAACUUUUUCAACCAUCUUCAAUCUGAGUUAUGCCGGUCUAAUGUAUCAGGAGUCAAAACUUAUCUCAAUAAGGAAAGCUUCACGUACGACAUAAAACCACCUCUGUGGUCCCUCAAUUACAAACGAAUUCAAGGGCCUUUGGCCAAUCUCCAGAUGGGAACAAUUAAGGAUAUUUGUUGUUUGAAAUCGAAUGGUUCUAUUCCCUUACUUGUUGCUAUCAAUGGUGACAAGGUAGACUUGACCGUCAAAUAUUUGGCACAAAUAAGACCCUUGGUGAUGAACUUCACGUCUGCAGACGAAUAUCUUUCCUUGGAAGAUGCUAAACCAGAAUCAGUUUCCUUUGACUCGAAACCAAAUGUGUCACUAAUCAUUGCCAACACAGUGGACUCGAUCAACGAGCCAGAGAAACAAACCUACAAGGUUCCAAAAAUUGGAUUUGGGUAUAUCGACGAUGAUGGUUCUGAUGAUGACUGUGACUCUAAUGGGACCAACACUAUUGCGAAACAAACUUUGAACAAACCAGAACUUUUCUUCAUCAACGAAGUAUUGAUUGAAAUCAUACUGGAUUGCUCAUUGUCUAGUAAGAGAAAAAUCAUAUUGUCAAGCGUUGAUCCACAUCGGUUUUUGAUCUCUACUGAACAUAAAACCGUUGUAAGCACCCUAUCUGAUUGGGUCGGAAUAUUACCAGAUACUCCAGGAAUAGAGAUCCAAAAUCAUUAUUCUGUAGUGGAAAAUGAUGAUGCCUCCUCGGGUGUGACGUUGAUUAGAGAUGAUAUUUCAUUUACUGGUGAUUAUUUAAUCAAUUUCCAUGACAAAGGAAAAAAGGAUGUCAAUGUUGUAAAAGUGAGCAGUCCACCGGAGCUAAACCCACUCAUUUACAAGUUUGAUACUUUGAAAUUGAAGAACGAAGAAAAAGAACAGGUGGUUGUUGAUAGUAAACUCAAUUCUAACUUAUUAGUGGAAAUUGAAAGUGACUUGAAGAAAGUGAAAAAGAUCAGUGAAAUUAAGUACAGAGUCGGUAGUCUGGAUGAGUCUGUGGAAAUCUUACAAAAAGUGAACGAGUUCUCAACUGAAUCGCUUUCUAUUAUAUCUAUCUAUGAACUGCUACUUAUGAAAUUGUGCCUCCAAAUGAAAACGAAUUUAUUGGAGUUGCAAUAUCAAAAUGAACUAGUGGGUAAUAUUAGUAACAUUGAUGCUAAGAAAGAGCAUAGUGCAAAGAUAAAGAAAUUAAUUGAGAAGGAAGACGCAUUAAUCAACAAGCUGAAAUCGCUCCACCAAAAGUUGGUUAAGCGAAUCGAAGCCAUAAAAGUACACAGGCAAGUUCCACUCUCGGAAAACGAGAAAAAGUGGUUUCAAGAGAUCAAUGACAUAAAUGAGAAGGUGGGGAACUCAGGCACAGAAUCUGGUCUUUACAGCAGUGUUACUGAAUUGAAAAACCAGGUCAAUUAUAUAAAAGAGCACCUUGAUUUCAAGCCUCUACAAGAUAUGAAGGUCGAAAAUUCAAGAGAAUUGAACCGAGUUAAAGCGCUUGUGGACUCUCAAGGAAAUACAUUGACGUCUUUGAAAGACAAAGUAUCGGAAUUAAUGGCAGAAGGUGCCAUGAUCCAAGCGUAG